AUGCUGCCGGUCGACUAUAAGCCGGAUAUUGCCAACACAAAGCAGAUUCUCCAAGCUGCGGUUCCCCGGGAGACAGCGCUGGAUCCAUGUUUCAGGAGCAAUUCGGCACUCGAGCCGUACGCAUCGAUAGAAAAGCUGCCAAGCCCAAAGAACGUCUGCUGCGAGAGCCUAGACCCCAGAACGGCAGCGCCGUCAAUGUGCACGAGCUUAGCGGACCAGGGGGGCUACCCUGCGAGGUGCGAGCUGCAGUACGUGGUCGCCGCGAGCGAGACUCCGCUCAUUCGAGAUCUCCUUCACCAGGGAGUACGGCGGAAAGACUCGGUUCCUAGGUGCUCACUGAACACCACUCCGGUAUGACAGAGCAUCGCACCGUGAACAUCGCAACUCCACCUGAAACUUCAGCAUCUUUCACCGGCGUGUCACCACACAGGCGAAUACUCAAAAUGUGCUACCUUCACAUCAUCAUCUCUCCAAAUGUUUUUGUACAUACAAGUCUUCUUACACUGUUCAAUAAAUCACCCUCUAUUUCUUCAAUUUA